UUAUUCUUAGUAUUGCUGAAAUAAUUUUAUAAGUCCGAUUAGUUAUUUCAGAGAUCCCAACACAUUGCUCGUCGAUCAGUACAGCCGCCGCGCGGAGAAGCAGCCAUUUUAAUUAGAGCGUCCCGCGCCGGCACCGGCUCCGUUUCAAUUUGGAUUCCGCGAUCUUUGAGAUGUGUUUUUUGCUCGAGUCGAAUGAAUAACAAUGGAUUCCUCGGAUAAAGGAUGGACUCGAGGACCUGCAACCGGAUAUUACUGCCGCAACGCCCCCGCUCUGCGCCCCGCACCGCGCCCCGCCGUCGCCUGUCGAUGUCGGGUAUUAAGCAUUAGCGGUGGUGAGUGGGAGAAGGGACAGGCGUGGCUGGAAACACCAACGGUCAGCGCGCGGACAGUCGGCGCCGGCCAGCACGCCACAUGCCGCGCAUCUGGGCAUCCGGCGCCGACACUGGGCUGGGUCGGCGCCGAUUACGCGCCACUGCCCGCCGACGCUAAUAGAGUGGUGUCGGACAACGGCUCGCUGCUGGUGCGGGCGGGCGCGGGCGCGGCGCUCACGGUGCGCUGCCGGGCGCACAACAGCCGCGGGGCGGUCGUCUCCGCGCCGCUCACUCUCUCGCCCGUAUGGAGCGUAGAACCGACACGUGUAGAAGCGGAAACGACUCAGGCGAGUGGCAUGGCGGCGCUGCACUGCGUGGGUCAACUUGUCGGCGCCGACCACGCCGACGACGCCGUGCGCUGGUGGAGAAAUGAUUCGCCACUCGAAGUUUCUACGCCUACUCCAGAAUCCGAGUACAUAUCUGCGGGCGAGCGCGGUGAGUGGUUGCUGGUGUCGAGCGCGGUGCUUGGUCAGCGGUACGCGUGCCAGCCACCCGCCGGGCCGCGCUCGCCAGACCUGCAGCUCAACUUCGUGAGUGCAGACGCUGCGGCGUCGCGGCUGUCGGCCACAAGCGGCCCAGUGCGGGCGCGCGCCGGUGCCGCCGUGUGCCUGCCGUGCGCCGCGCCGCUGCUGCCGCCGCCGCACUACACCUGGUACCGCGGGCGCGGCGGGCGCGUGCAGGCGGCGGCGGAGGCGGGCGGCUGGCUGUGGCGCGGCGGCGCGGCGCUGUGCUGGGCGCGCGUGGCCGCCGCGGCCGCGGGCGGCUGGACCUGCCGCGCCGCCACGAGCCGCGGGGACGCCACCGCCCGAGUCGCGCUCACCGUCACCGCACCUAUUAGGCUCAAGCUCGUGCCGCAGUUAACGGUGGCGCGCGGCGGCGAUGCGGUGCGACUCGAAUGCCGUGCGGAGGACGCGGCUGCGACGCUGGCGUGGCUGCACCAGGGCGCGCCGGCCACGCUGGCAGCGCUGGGCGCACACGCGGCCGCGGCCGGCGCCGCGCUGCUGCUGCGCGCCUCGCCCGCCACGCGCGGCUUCUGGCAGUGCGAAGCCACGAGCGGCACAGAUGUGCAGCUCGCCACUGCGGAGCUGCGGUUGGCCGAGGCGUCGCCGGAGUUACGCUACACGUUCAUCGAGCAGGCGCUACGUGCGGGCGCUCGCGUGUCACUGCGCUGCACGGCGGGAGGCGCGCCGCGGCCGCGGUUCUCCUGGAGCCGCGACGGGGUUGCGCUCGAAGCCACGGGCAUGCCUCACAGAUACUCGAUUAGCGAGGAGGCGCUGGACGAAAGCGAGACAGCGUCAACGCUUAACGUGACCGCGGCGGCGCCCGAGGACGGCGGCCGCUACACGUGCCGCGCGGCCAACCGCCUCGGACACGCCGACCACUCCGCGCGCCUCAACAUAUACGGUCCGCCGAUGGUGCGCACAUUGCCGCCGCAGCGCGUGUUGGCGGGAGAGAACGCUACCAUACUAUGUCCUUACGCCGGGUAUCCCAUCAGCGCGGUGUGGUGGUGGCGCGGCGCGGGCGGCGCGGGCGGCGCGGCGGAGCGCGUCGGCGCGGCGGGCCGCGUGGCGGCGGCGGGCGGCGCGCUGGCCUUGCGGCCCGCCGCGCCGCACGACGCCGGCCUCUACACGUGCGUCGCCGCCGCGCCCGCCGGGGCCAGCGCCAGCGCCGACGUUCACGUGCUUGUCCUCAGCCCGCCGCAGAUCUCCCCGUUCUCGUUCUCCCCGGAGCUGUCGGCGGGCGCGCGGCCGCGCGUGCUGUGCGGUGUGGUGGCGGGCGAGCGGCCGCUCUCCUUCGCCUGGCUCAAGGACGCCGCGCCGCUGCCGCGACACCUGCACAUAGAAGAGACAAGCAUGGAAGACUUCUCUAUGCUGAAGUUCGCCGAGCUGACGGCGCAGCACAGCGGCAACUACACGUGCCGCGUCACCAACCGCGCCGCCAGCGUCGACUACACUGCCACGCUCAACGUCAAAGUUCCGCCGGUGUGGACGCACGAGCCGAUGGACGCGGGCGUGGCCGCGGGCGCGGAGCUGCGCGUCCAGUGUGCGGCCAGCGGCCAGCCGACGCCGACCGUGGCGUGGCAGCGGCGACGGCCGUGCACUGUGCCGAGCAACCACGCCGGCUGCGGCGACUGGCACGCGCUGGGAGGCGCCGCCUCGUCCGCGGUCGGCGCCGCCCAGGAUUUGUGGCUGCCAUCCGCCACGCCCGCCGACCGCGGCCUCUAUCGCUGCAGCGCAGAUAAUAGCGUCGGACCGCCGCUGAUCAAGAUCAUUAACCUUACCAUCUAUGAACCAGCACUAGUGGAAUCGUCGAAUGAGACUGUGAACGUAUCUUGCGUGAGCGCUCCGAGUUCUGAGUGUGCGCUGUGGUGCGUCGUGCGCGGCGCCGCGCCGCUCAGCGUCACGUGGACGCGGGACGGGGGCGGGGUCGGCGCCGACCGGUGGACGGUGUCCCAGUCCCAGGCCGCGUCGGGCCCGCUGCGGUCCGAGCUGCGCGCGCGCCGCCUCGACUCCAGCGACGCCGGACACUACCGUUGCCUCGCAAACAACGCUCACGGACGCAGCCAGAGAUCGUUCGUCCUGCACGUCGAAGAGUCCCCGGCGGCGCCGCAGCAGCUGCGGCUGUGGGGCCGCGGCAGCACGUGGGCGCGGCUGCGCUGGCGCGGCGACAGCGGCCUGCGGUACUCCGCGCGACCCACGCUGCUGCCGCCGCACGCCUCGCACGCGGACCCAGACGAACUACCGCUGGACGCAUCCGAGUAUGGCAUCAUUUAG